GGCGAGAAACCGACGCGGAGCGUGCGAUGGACUGCGAGGUCCGAAGUCGCCGCGCCCUGCGACGAUCGCAUGCGUCAAUACCUGCGACAAAUGGACGGUAACACUCUCGUGCGGCUCGACGAUUCCGUCGAAGCCGUCACGCCGCUGGGCGGGGAUCGCUACGAGGCCGCGAUCACCUCGGUGGGCUUUUUUGGGUUACUGGCGUGCAAGCCCGUCGCGACGCUGCGCGUCGAAAGGACGGGCGCAGGCAUCCGUUAUGUCACCGAGAAGUGCCAGAUGGUCUUCUCCGGCCCGCUGCGACGCCUCGUGUCCGGCCUAGCCGGCAUUGGCGUCGAGGCGUGUACGGAGCUGAGCGCCCGCGACGGUAAACUGGAAGCGACGGGCGACUUUGCGCUGACGCUUCCUCUACCUCGGUGGUGGCCCGUGCCCGACAGGGCCAUGGUUCGGGGCGAGGGCAUGAUCCGCGGAAUCGUAGAAAAGGACACGCGACUGACGGUCGAGCGGCUAAUUAGUAGUGUCUCUUAA